AAGAUUCCUCUCCCCCCUUUCUGCCGUGUAAACGCCAGAAAUUCUUCCCGUUGCGGAGAGAGGGAGAGAUUCCACGAAGAGGCAGGCUCGAGAAAAAGACGAUUUUGAAGGAGAAAAAAAAUCCCAAAAAUAGGCAGAAAAACGUCUCCAAUCACCCUUCAGAUCCUUCUCUUUCCGGGUAGUUUCCUCUCUCUCUCUCCCUCUCUCUCUCUCUCUCUCUCUACCAUGAAAGAACACGACCUCUCAAGCAAUUUCUCCCAAAAUCCGCCCAUUUCAUUACAAGAUCUCGAAGACCCAGAUAAAAAAGUCGGAAUUUCCGACCCGGGCCGCGAUUUUUUCCCAAAAUCGGAUCUGGGUCAUGCCGGUUUCUGCAUAAAACCGCAGAAAACCGGCUCGGACAGCCAGAAAACCGGCCAUCCCAGCACACAGGAGCUUACCCUCAGCUAUCUCUGCGAAAAUCCCAAGAUGGGUUUUCUAGAUAAGGAGGAUUCAGGCAAGAAUCUGUUGUGUUCGUUGGAAAAAGGCGGUAGUUAUAAGGGAAAGGAAGUCAUUUGGGGCCCUGCAAGCAACGGCGAUGAUCGGUGGGGAGAGAGAGAUGAUCGCAGGGUCGAAAGAGAUUUUCUUCAACUCAAUGAGAAUAAAGGAUCGAAGCGGUCUGACCCAACCAUAGACGAUGAAAUCGAACCGGGGAUGAAAGAGAAGAAGGCAAAAAUCGAGACCCUCAACCUGUCGUUGGCUUUACCCGAUGUAUCGCUCUCCCUUGCCUCGUCCAACCCAUUGCCGAAUCCUGAUCCUUCGAUCAAGAUGUCCUGCAGCAUUCAGUCGCUAGCCCCGUCCAACAACAACACUCGAACGACAUACUCUGAUGAUUUUGCGCCGUCGAUCUCGUACUCGUACUCGCAUCCGUUCUCGCACAAUCCUAGCUGCUCGCUCACACGGAAUUCAACUGAGAAUUAUGAGUACUCGGUUGGGAGCCGCCGGAAGGAGAGCGAUCAGAUUUGGUAUUGUGGGGAGGGAACAAACGGGUCAGUCCAUAGUCGAUUCAAACCGAUCGGUGAUGCCGUCACUUUCUCGAAUAAUAGUGGAUUUCCAGCAGGCCGCCCGGCCAAUAAGGAUGGGUACAAUGGUCUUUACCGGACAAAUAGUUCAGAGAAUCUUUCAUUCUUUCCAUCUGAAUUGCCGGCCCGCCAGAGGAAAGAUACCCAAUCGGCCAAUUCAACCGGUAGAGGUUCGGAGCAACGGAAGAUUGUUGAGAACAGUUUUGCGAGUUCGGAUGGUGGAAGAGGACUUGUUUCAAGGCCAGAGAAGAUUUUGAGAGAAAUCAUUUCGGGGUCAGUUUCUGUCAUAGCCCAAACGCUUCAGGAGCUUCCAGAGGAUGUGGUGGAAGCUGUAAAGGAGUAUUUAAGGAAUCUCGUGGGUAGGGCUGACAAGAGGGAGGAGCUCGCGAGCCUCCAGAGGCGGCUUGAUCGGCGGUUGGAUCUGACUUUUGAGACGCUGUCGAAAUGCCACAAGACCCAGCUUGACAUUUUGGUCACAGUGAAGACGGGACUCGUGAAUUAUGUGUCGGGGAAGAAUCGUCUUCCCACGACCGAAUUGAUCGAGAUCUUCUUGCUUUUGAGGUGCCGGAACAUGACCUGCAAGAACAUGCUACCAGUCGAGGAUUGUGAUUGCAAGAUAUGCGCGACGAAGAAGGGGUUCUGUAGCGCGUGCAUGUGCCCGAUCUGCAUGAACUUCGACUGUGCCUCAAACACGUGCAGUUGGGUCGGGUGCGACGCCUGCUCACAUUGGUGCCAUGCGGUCUGCGGCAUGCAGAUGCAUCUUAUCAAGCCAGGCCCCAGCUCGGAAGGGGCUGUGGGAACGGCCCAGAUGCAGUUCCAUUGCCUUGGGUGUGGGCAACCUUCCGAAAUGUUUGGUUUUGUGAAGGAUGUGUUCAUGUGCUGUGCGAAGGAUUGGGGUUUGGAGACAUUGAUGAAAGAGCUCGAUUGUGUCCGGAAAAUCUUCCAAGGCAGUGUAAAUUUCAGAGACAAAGAGCUGCAUAGCAAGGCCGAGGAGAUGUUUGCCAAGCUCAACGAGAAGCUCGUUUUGCCUGUUGAGGCAUGUAAUAGCAUCAUGCAGUUAUUCAAGUAUGGAGUUUCUGAAGUUUCUCACUCGGGGGGCUCUUCCAAGGACUUGGCCCAAUCCAUCCAAAGGUCAGAUGUUGUCCAGCUUCCACCACCCACCCCCAUACCCCUGAAAUCUAGUUACAACAUGAAUGGUUCGAGCGUCUGGACGGACCCGCAUCGGAACACCCACCAAAGCAGCGCAAAGCCCCUCUCGGCCGAUCAGCUCAUCGAGGCAGAGCUGAAGUUUGGGAUGCCGAAGAAGGAUGACUUCGACAGCUUGGAGAGCAUCGUCCGGAUAAAGGAGGCAGAAGCGAGGAUGUUCCAGAGCAAGGCAGAUGAUGCGCGGCGGGAGGCGGAGAAGUUCCGGCAGCUGGUCCGUGCAAGCAGUGACAAGCUGGAGGAGGAGUAUGCCGGCAAGCUCGCAAAGCUGUGUUUGCAGGAGACGGAGGAGAGGCGGCGGAAGAAGCUGGAGGAGCUGAAGGUGUUGGAGAACUCGCAAUGUGACUAUCAUAAAAUGAAGUUACGGAUGGAGGAGGAGAUUGCGGGCUUGUUGGAGCGGAUGGAGGCAACGAAGCAGCAAUGGGUAUGAAGAGAGGUUGAUGUAUGGUGUCGACCGUGGUGAUGAUGAUGAUGAUGAUGGUAAUGAUGGAUGAUGAUGAUGACGAUGAUGAUGAUGGAUGGGGUGUGUGUUUGAUGCCAUGCUUUUUUAAGUGCUGGUUUUUUGUAGAUUUUGGAUGUUUUGAUUAUGCAAGUUGGUUUUUUAAAAAAAAGUGGUUUAAACCAUGCUAUUAUGAGGAACCUUGUGCUUAUGGAUUGAUGACUCGGACGAGUCGACUCGGACCUGGCCAUGUUAUGUUACAUGGUGAUCACAGAUUGACGACU